AUGGCUGCCUUGUGCGCCUCACGCUGGCUGCGGGCGGCGGCGGCCGAGGGGUGGCGGGGGCGGCGGGGGUGUCCGCCGGCCCUGCGCCUGGCCCGGGGGCUGAGCGCGGGGCUCGGGGCGCUGCCGCCCUGCCCGGUCCCGCGGCUCGAGAGCCGCUCCGGGCUUAGACCUCAUCCUCUCGUCCACGCUGCCCCGUUUCACACCAGCGCCGCGGCCUGCGCCAAAGAGGAUUAUUACCAGGUUUUGGGAGUCCCUCGCACUGCCAGCCAGAAGGAGAUCAAGAAGGCCUAUUACCAGCUUGCCAAGAAGUACCACCCAGAUACCAAUAAAGAUGAUCCUAAAGCAAAGGAGAAGUUCUCCCAACUGGCUGAAGCCUACGAGGUCUUGAGCGACGAGGUGAAGCGGAAGCAGUACGAUACCUAUGGCACUGCUGGCUUUGACCCUGGUUCAGCAGGGUCUGGCCAACAGUACUGGGGGAGGGGGCCCACUGUGGACCCUGAAGAGCUGUUCCGGAAGAUCUUUGGGGAAUUUUCUGGGUCUCCCUUUGGGGACUUCCACACCAUCUUCGACCAGCCGCAGGAGUACAUCAUGGAGCUGACAUUUACUCAGGCGGCCAAGGGCGUGAACAAGGAGAUUGUGGUGAACAUCAAUGACGCUUGCCAGCGCUGUGACGGCCGAGGCCACGAGCCGGGCACCAAAGUGCAGCACUGCCAUUACUGCAACGGCACUGGCAUGGAGACUAUCAAUACCGGCCCCUUUGUGAUGCGCUCAACAUGCCGGAGGUGUGGGGGCCGUGGCUCCACCAUGACGAACCCCUGUUCGCUGUGUCGAGGUACCGGCCAGACCAAGCAGAAGAAGACGGUGAUGGUCCCAGUUCCAGCAGGUGUGGAGGAUGGACAGACGGUUCGAAUGCCUGUGGGGAAGAAGGAAAUCUUCAUCACCUUCAGGGUUCAGAAAAGUUCUGUGUUCAGGAGAGACGGCGCGGAUAUCCAUUCGGAUCUCUUCAUCUCAGUGGCGCAGGCAGUCCUGGGAGGGACCGCCCGGGCUCCUGGCCUGUACGAGACCAUCAGUAUCACCAUACCCCCUGGUAUUCAAUCAGAUCAGAGGAUCCGGAUGAGUGGGAAAGGCAUUCCGAGAGUGAGCAGUUAUGGUUAUGGAGACCACUACAUUCAUAUAAAGAUCAGGAUUCCCAAGAGACUGACAGACCGCCAGCGAUCUUUGAUGCUGAGCUAUGCGGAAGAUGAAACGGAGGUGGAAGGGACUGUGAACGGUAUUGCGAACACCACCACUGGUGGCUGGGGUGCGGCUAGAGCUGGGGCAGGCAAGGACAGGCCGGAGGCAGGGGACGGCAAAGAGGAGGGGCUCCUAGCUAAACUUAAGAAAAUGUUUAGCUCCUGA